UGGCCUGUUUGCUGUCUGUGUUUAAUAAGACAUAAAUAAAACAUAAAUUCCAUAUGUUUAAAUUAAGAAAAAACGAAUCCAGUGCAUUUCUUUUCCUUCUCUUCCCCCUUUGCACAUUUUUACCGUCUCGUUGUCUUGGUUACAGUGUUUAGUCAGGGGCCAGAAGACGCGAUGGCAACGUUGACUGAGUUCUACAAUUAAGAAAAGCUAUUCAAUUAAUCAGCAUGCCAAAAUGCAACGUGACUGGAUGCUUUGAGAGUGUUUAGUGUUUUUUUUAUUUUAUUUAAACUGUCAAAGAAAUGUCUGACAUCCUCAAAAACCACGAUGAGUUGGGAAACGUUUUUGUCCAGGUGCAGGAUGAUUUGAGACAGCUGAGGCGUAGUCUGGUCCGCGUCACCGUCCAAAGUAACGGAGAGACCGUGGACAUCCAGGCCUUGGACACAGCCAUCCGCAGAACAGAGUGUGUGAUCAGGAGGCGUGAAGAGCAGUAUCUGAACACAGUCAAUAAACAGGUACUGAUUCUUCCUGGCAUUGAAGACAUACAAAAACAGAAAACACAGAUUUCCAAAUGGAGGCCUCCUUUGGAGAGUAUCCCAGACAAGCGUCCUCAGAGAGGCCAGGGUGUGGGACCUUCACCAGGGGAGAAGCACAAGGAAGCAUUGACCAUGCGUCUGCUGUAUAAUCCCAUUCAUCCACAGAACAGGACUGUGAUGCAUAAACGCUUCGGGAUUCAGCUUCCUGAUCUACGACAGAGAUCUGGCACAUCAGUUGCAUCUCAUAGGGUGGUGACCGGGCCCACCGUGGGCUGUCAGGCAGUGGGGCCUGGCAGGCCCCCCCACCACCUGUAUCCAGCUCCGCCCCUGACUGACGAAGACAUGAGAGCAGGGAUUGCCAGCCUCCUGGAGAAAGGUCCACCCCCCUCCGCUGUAGAACUGUGUCUGUUCAGAACUCCUGUUCAGUCCAAGGCUGCUCAGCUGCACCCCAGAGACGACAGCUGCUCCCACAAGAUAUCCCCAACGACGCAGAGUCUGAGGGAGUUGACCUGUGGAAAGGAUCCUGGCCCCUUCCCACUGUCACAGCAGAAGCUCCCAGGAUUCCCUGCCCACCUGGACCACCCACACCCCUCCCCCUUCUGCAGCCUCAAAGAGCUCCAACCACACCUCCCGGCUUGUUCCCCUCAGCCCUCAGGUACCACUUUACCCCCCUCAACCCUCAGGUACCACUUUACCCCCCUCAACCCUCAGGUACCACUUUACCCCCCUCAACCCUCAGGUACCACUUUACCCCCCUCAACCCUCAGGUACCACUUUACCCCCCUCAACCCUCAGUGUGCUGCGGGUGUUGAGAGGCUGCUGAGAGACUACGCUGUCCCCACAGCCCGGGUCCACGGAACCAGGCUGGUAGAACUGGUCCAGGUUGGGGAUCUGGACGUGGCUGUAGGAGGAAGAGGAGGAGCGGCAGGAGGCGGUGGUCUGGGUAGCAGGGCAGCAGUUCAGCGGAGCCUCAUCUCUGUUUUGGAGAACAGGGAGGAGGUUUGGGAACUGGUGCAACGACCAGGGCAGCGCUAUCGAGGGGAGGGAGGUGUGGAGGCGGCUGCCACACACAUCCAAAGCUACUGGAGAUGUCACGUGGCUCGUGCCUCCUACCUGCUCCACCGCCGGAGGAGGUGGGCGGUGGGGACCAUUGCCAUUUCCUGGCUGAUGCACACCCAGCUGGGCCGCGUCAGGGGGAGCCUGCAGGAGAGCAGGAGGACACACCUGGAGAACUAUCGCAUCAGGGCUCAGUAUUUGUCAGCCAAUUGGAAACACAUCCAAUCUUCCAGGAGGACCAUCAUACAUAUCCCAUCAUUAGGUUACUCCCAGUCACAGCGUUUCAGCCUGAAGGGUUUUGACAUCCUCCAGAAUGUUCAGAUGGGGCGGCUGUGUGAUGUCAGAGACGACAACGUGGAGGUGAUCUAUGUGUCUCCAGUGCGUUUGGGGGACGACCUGUUCCAGUAUUACAGCCAUCUGAUUGGCCUGUUCCAGGGGGCCGCGGUAGAGCCCAGAGACGCAGCGGGACCUAGGGUCGGAACCAGCACUCAGGCCCCCAUGUCCAAACGCUUCACCAUUCUAAUACCAGAUGCUCUGGAAGACUUCCCGACCCACAACAUGUGUCUGUCAUCGCUGCUGAAGUACAGCCCCCGGACCUUGCGUCGCAUCCGUCACCUGAUCCAGGGAAAGCAGGCGUACGUGGUGGGCGGUGUGACCCACGUGGACGACCUGGCCGUGGCUGAUGAGCUGGAGGUGCCCCUGCUGGGCCCGGAGCCGGCUGUGGCCCAGCUCUACAGCACCAAGUCUGGAGGCAGGAGGGUCUUCUCCAGUGCCGGGGUCGCCGUGCCUCCAGGGCAGUGGGACGUCUACAGUCUGCAGCAGCUUCACGAGGCCCUGGCCCGACUGAUGACCAACCACAUCCUGGUCCGGCGCUGGCUCUUCAAAAUGGACUCCGAGAUGUGUGGGCGGGGCACAGCGUACUGUGAUGUGUCUCACCUGCGCUGCUUCACCUGGGCUCAGCAGGUGUACAGCCUCCGUGGCCCUGAAAUGUGGAGAAAAGCCUGGGCUCAGGAGUCUGUUCUGGUCAAGUAUCUAGAGGAGGUUCCAGAAUGGUUGGCCCGCUACGCCCGGCCCGUUAGACCGUCCUGUUACCCCUCCUGGACAUGCUUCCUGGACACGUUUCUCAGACACGGGGGUGUAGUGGAGGCAUAUCCUCCCUCGGACAGUGUGACCUGUCUGACCGUAGAUCUGUUCCUGCAGCCAGAUGGAAAGGUGACCAUGUUGUCCUGUGGGGACCAGCUCCAUGGGCCCAGUGACUUGGAGACAGUGGGGUCAUCGGUACCCCAGAACUCUGUGACCCCUGAGGACCUCUACUCUGUGUGUCUCCGUGUGGGACGAGCCUGUUUGUCCCGAUGCAUCACUGGACAUGUCUCCCUGGACCUGGCCACCUUCCUGGACCCCGUUACCCUGGACCAGCAGUUGUGGGCCAUAGACCUUGAUCUGGGCUACAGUAACCAGCUAGCCCUGACCCAGCUGAUGCUUGGGACGACAGGGGGAAGCCUGGACUGCAGGACUAGUCGUCUGGAGGUCCCCCUGACCAGCAGAGAGGCCAAGCCCUGCCCCCACCCCAAAGGAGCCAAGGAGGCUGAUCUCCCAACAGUAGCCAGUCGCUAUGCUGUCCUGGGGAACCGACUGCUCCACACCAACCUGUCCAUGGUCCACUACAGUGUUUUCUUCCAGAUGUGCAAAGCUCAGGGCAUCGGCUUUGACAUCAAGGAAAAGCAAGGCACCGUGUUUGCUCUCCAUGACAGCUUUGAGAGACACAGUCUGGGGAUGGUAACCAUCUGUGAGGAUCUUCAGGGAGCCCUGAUGGCCUAUGUCCGCAACCUCUCAGUCAUCCAUCAGGAGAUAUCAACCCCCAACAUGCAGGGAGAGACUAACUUUAAGGACCUAAUCAGGGAAAUAGAGGGUGUGUUGGGGUUGACAGUCCAGAACAAGGCCCAGCCAACCACGGAAGAGGACAAGAUGGCAGUGUCGCUGCCCGGACUAAAUUAGAUCACUGACACAACUAUGGAUGGAAUUGCCUCAUCACCACUAUGGCACCUCACACAUCUUCCAUCUACACGACCAAGUGACUUUAUGAAAGGAGUGCCGUCAUUUGGAUCAAAUGAAUGUCAAUUAUGCCAGUUGAUUUCAAGCCCUCUAUGUAAUUCAUAAAGUUUAUCAAACCUUCUAA